CGUAGCACGCUCCGAAAGCCCUCUUCUCAUGAUCCGCCAUUAGCAGGAGUCCUGUGGUGGAUUGAACGCCAAGAUGCAGAUUUUCGUCAAAACCCUCACGGGGAAGACCAUAACCCUCGAGGUUGAGCCUUCAGAUACCAUCGAAAAUGUCAAGGCAAAGAUCCAAGACAAAGAAGGUAUCCCUCCUGACCAGCAGAGAUUGAUCUUCGCCGGUAAGCAGCUGGAGGAUGGACGUACCCUGUCUGACUACAACAUUCAGAAGGAGUCCACUCUGCACUUGGUACUGAGGCUGCGUGGUGGUGCCAAGAAGAGGAAGAAGAAGUCCUACACCACCCCCAAGAAGAACAAGCACAAGAGGAAGAAGGUCAAGCUUGCUGUGCUCAAGUACUACAAGGUCGACGAAAAUGGCAAGAUCCACCGUCUCCGCCGUGAGUGCCCAGCUGAUGAGUGUGGUGCAGGCGUGUUCAUGGCUAGCCACUUUGACAGGCACUACUGUGGCAAGUGCUGCCUCACUUACUGCUUCAACAAGCCUGAGGACAAGUAAACAAAUGGACUGUCAAUAAAACGUUUUCACCAAAA